CAUCAUGAGGAAGGGUAGUAGCAGCCAGACACUAUAAUCACAGACAUCCUUAGACGUGCAUCAUCCUCUACCUGAACUGGAAGCUCUGCCUGAUUUCCUCCCAAACUACACAUAAUGGCCGUCAACAGCAGCCCCUCCAUUAACAUCACAUCUUCAGGAAACACAUCAUCCAACCACUCUACAGACGACGGGGACUCCUUCCCGUCGGACUUUGAGUGUUCGCCUUUCUCAUGCUUCCUCUCAGAGAUGUUGGUUGAGAAAAUAUACCAGUGCAUUGUUAACUCCAACCCCAACUUGCUCCUUGGAUUCAAAAUCUUCAUCCUGCUGACUAGCCUGACGGCUAACGUGGGCCUGACUUGGCUCCUUCUGAGUCCCAGGAGGGCUCUGUCUGCCUCCGAGGUGCUGGGCUUCAACCUCUCCCUGAUGGACAUCCUGUCUGCCUCCGAGGUGCUGGGCUUCAACCUCUCCCUGAUGGACAUCCUGUACUGCCUCAGUCUGCCGCUGAGUAUUUAUAUCAUCCUGCACCCAGACGCCCCUGUGAAGACCCUAAUGCUCGCUGACGCCGCCUCUAUCCUCAACCUGUUCGGCUGCCCGCUGCUGCUAGCGUGCAUGUGCGUGGAGCGUUAUCUGGCGGCCGCGCACCCUGUAGCGUACCUCAGACUGCGCAGGCGAGAGUACCGCAGCGCCGCAUGUGUGCUGGCCUGGCUGCUCACUCUGGCCGUGGUUCUGCUGGCCUAUUACCUGGGUGUGUUCAACAUGGUUCUGUAUCUGGCCGUGACCACCUCUGUCCUGUUCCUGGUCAUGCUUCUGUGUCUGGCGGGGAUGGUGUGGGUCCUGUGGGGGAGGGGUCCUGGUGAGGGUCCACAGGACGGCGUGCCUCUGAAGAGGAAGGUUGUGAAGAACAUUCUGGCGGUGAUGCUGCCAGCUGCUGUGGCUUACAUGCCCUUGGUGGCCCUGGUGCCUCAUUUAUCCAUCAUCUACUCCCAGAAAAGUGUCAAUCCAGCUCAGUGCUCCGUCCUGCAGUUCCUCUGGAUGUCCCCAAGCUUUGGCACCUACAUCGGGCCCAUGUUUUACCUGUCCCGUGUUAGACAGCUGGCUUGCUGGAGAAAGACAGGGAGGGUAACAGAGCAGUCCCCCAACUCCAACAUACAGGUAGGAUCAUCUGUAGAUGGUGUAAAUGAGACUUGAGGUUUGGAGCCAUGGAGUUAGGGAUUGGGGCCAUCGAGUUAGGGGUAAAAACUCGGUAGUUCCAAGAUCAUGAUGUUGUGCGAGCCGAUGCUGUACAGUUACAAAAAAUUGCUCUGUAGGGGGAUUUCUGACCAGUAGACUUGGUUACUUUCAACAUAUUACUUCAUGUGGUUAUGGAUUUUUGGGUACACUAUUAACAUUUUCUGCAACAUGUGUAUAAUUGUUUUAAACUUUUGAU